UUUAAUAACAUUUUGUCAAAAUGGCUUCACGGCGCAGUGCGCUCUCCUCAUUUUUACCGAUAAGUACUGGUGCAAAUGAACCACACCGCGAGCUGUUUGAAGCCUGUAGAAACGGAGACAUAUCCAAAGUCAAAAAGCUGGCUAAUUCUACCAACGUGAAUGCGAAAGACACAGCAGGGAGGAAGAGUUCCCCGCUCCAUUUUGCAGCAGGGUUUGGCCGCAAGGAUGUGGUGGAGUUCCUUUUUCAGAAUGGCGCCAAUGUGCAUUCGCGUGAUGAUGGGGGACUGAUUCCCCUCCACAAUGCCUGCUCCUUUGGUCAUGCCGAGGUCGUGACCCUACUGCUCAGGCAUGGAGCCGAUGCCAACGCAAGGGACAAUUGGAACUACACACCACUCCACGAGGCAGCAAUCAAGGGCAAGAUUGAUGUCUGUAUUGUUUUGCUUCAAAAUGGUGCCGACCCUAACAUCAGGAACACAGAUGGCAAGACGGCCCUGGACCUGGCCGAUCCGCCCGCCAAACAGGUGCUGUUGGGGGAGUACAAGAAGGACGAACUCUUGGAAGCGGCACGCAGCGGCAAUGAAGAGAAGCUGACGGGACUGAUUACACCCCUCAAUGUCAACUGCCAUGCUAGUGAUGGGAGGCGGUCAACCCCUCUUCAUCUGGCUGCUGGCUACAAUCGUGUUUCCAUUGUCCAGCUCUUGUUACAGCACGGUGCUGACGUCCACGCCAAAGACAAAGGUGGUCUGGUUCCCUUGCACAAUGCAUGCUCCUAUGGCCACUUUGAGGUGACAGAGCUACUUAUCAAGCAUGGUGCUAACGUCAACGCAAUGGACCUGUGGAAGUUCACGCCACUGCAUGAGGCUGCCUCCAAAACAAGGCUUGAGGUGUGCUCCCUGCUACUGAGCCACGGUGCAGAUCCUCACAUAGUCAACUGUCAUUCCAAGAGUGCAAUCGACGUCACACCGACAAAAGAACUCAAGGAGAUGUUGCAAUAUGAAUAUCGAGGCAAUGCAAUCUUAGAGGCUUGCAGGCAAGCUGAUGUAACACGAGUCAAGAAACAAAUUGCCCCAGACUUGGUCAACUUCAAGAACCCACAAACACUAGACAGCCCGCUGCACUGCACAGCUGGGUCUGUCUUUCCCAAGAGAAGACAAGUGGCGGAGUUACUUAUCAAGAAAGGUGCUAAUGUGCUGGAUAAAAAUAAUGAAGGUCUGACGCCACUCCAUGUUGCAACAGACAAGGGUUACGUAGAGGUCAUGGAACUCUUCCUUGAAAAUGGAGCGAAGGUGAAUUCAACAGACAAUAUGGGCCAGACCCCACUCCACCGUGCGGCCCGCGAAGACAUACCAGAGGCCUGCCGUCUCUUGCUGUCUUAUGGUGCCGACACCACGGUGUUAUCAUUGCAGGGCUUCACCCCGGUACAGCUGGCCUCUGAGGGCGUGCAGAAGAUCAUACAAGUUGAACAAAGGUUGAAUGCUGUGGACGAGAGCACAGAGUUCUUAGAAUACGCCAAGGCUGGUGACUUGGAAAACAUCCAGGCUCUGGUGUCAAGGAACCCACACAUUGUCAACUGUCGAGACAAGGAGGGCAGGCACUCCACACCUCUGCAUUUUGCGGCCGGCUACAACCGGGUCGCUGUGGUGGAUUAUCUCCUGCAGCACGGGGCCUAUGUUCACGCCAAGGACAAAGGUGGUCUAGUUCCCUUGCACAAUGCCUGUUCCUUUGGCCACUACGAGGUGUCAGAGCUACUGAUCAAGCAUGGUGCUGUCGUCAAUGCAGCUGAUCUCUGGAAGUUCACACCGCUACACGAGGCAGCCGCCAAGGGCAAAUACGAAAUCUGCAAAUUACUACUUAAGCAUGGUGCCGACCCAGAGAAGAAGAACCGGGAUGGCCACACCGCCCUGGAUCUGGUCAAGGAAGGGGACCAGGACGUGCAGGACCUGCUGAGAGGGGAUGCCGCCUUGCUGGAGGCCGCCAAGAAGGGCAACCUGGCCCGGGUGCAGAAGCUGGUCAGCCCCGACAACAUCAACUGCCGAGACUCCCAGGGCAGGAACUCCACACCGCUCCACUUGGCUGCCGGAUACAACAAUGUGGAGGUGGCAGACUACUUACUAGAACACGGUGCUGAUGUAAACGCCAGAGACAAAGGUGGAUUGAUACCUUUGCAUAACGCAUCGUCUUAUGGGCACUUAGAUAUCGCCUCAUUGCUCAUCAAGCACAACACCUGCGUCAAUGCCGUGGACAGGUGGAACUUCACCCCUUUGCACGAGGCAGCUCAGAAGGGCCGAACACAACUCUGUGCUUUACUGCUUGCCCAUGGUGCUGACCCUGCCAUGACUAACCAAGAGGGCCAAACACCCCUGGACCUGGCCACAGCCGAGGACGUGCGUUCCCUCCUCCUGGACGCCAUGCCCCAGGGGACUGCCCUGGCUGUUGCCAGGGGCCACGCCUCUCCGGCCCCACCUGUCAACACCUCAGCCCUGGUACCUGCACCCUCCACCCGCCGGCCUGGCACAGGAGUGGCUUCGGACGAGGUGGACGGCCCCCAGGGGGCGGUAGGGGGUGUGGGGGUGGGGACACCAGCGCCGGUGGGGGCGGCAACCGCCAAGCCCGCAGUGACAUCGACAUCGCAGACUGGGGACGGUGCGGCAGACAGCGGGUCCAUCGAGGGGGCGGGAAAUCCACUGGACAUCAGCAUCGGCAGCUUCCUGAGAUCCAUUCAGCUGGACCAUCUCAGAGACAUCUUUGAGAAGGAACUGAUCUCUAUGGAUAUUUUGGUAGACAUGGGCCACGAGGAACUCAAAGAGAUCGGCAUCAAUGCCUACGGCCACCGCCACAAGAUCAUCAAGGGCAUGGAGCGGCUGACGGGGGGUAGCAUCACCCCCAACCCCCACCUGAGCGUCCACGGUAACCAGGGCUCCAUACUGAUCGACCUGGCCGUGGAUGAUAAGGAGUACCAGUCGGUGGUAAUGGAGAUGCAGAACACGGUGCGGGAGCACCGGGACAACGGCCAAGCCGGAGGCAUCUUCAGCAGGUACAACAUCAUCAAGGCGCAGAAGGUGCGCAACAAGAAGCUGUGGGAUCGCUACCUGCACCGCAAGAAGGAGGUGGCCGAUGAGAACCACGGCCACGACAACGAGAGGAUGCUGUUCCACGGGUCGCCGUUCAUCAAUGCUAUCGUCAACAAAGGCUUUGACGAGCGUCAUGCCUACAUCGGCGGCAUGUUUGGGGCCGGCAUCUACUUUGCCGAGGACUCGUCCAAGAGCAACCAGUACGUGUACGGGAUAGGAGGUGGGACAGGAUGCCCCGCCCACAAGGACAGGUCCUGCUAUGUCUGCCAUCGGCAAAUCAUAUUCUGUCGAGUGACUCUGGGCAAGGCCUUCCUUCAGUUCAGUGCAAUGAAGAUGGCCCAUGCUCCACCUGGUCACCACUCGGUCAUUGGCCGGCCCAGUUCCGGUGGUCUGGCCUACUCGGAGUAUGUCAUCUACAGGGGUGAACAGGCGUAUCCGGAGUACUUGAUCACAUUUCAGAUUGUCAAGCCUGACGCCAGCGAGAAAUGACACCCAACCCCCUGAUCCUUGAAUCCUAAAGCCUUGCCAUCAGCCCUGCAGCAUUCAACAGUAUUCCCACCGGUUUCUUGUUAAGCUUAUGGCUCCUUCCCUGGUAAAUGACCUCUCACCUGUUGACCUCUGACCCUUGGGGCUCAUCAUUCUUCCACCUUGAAUCCUCUGGUUUCACCAUGACUUGUUACUAUUUUGAAAGCCCAGAGCAGAAAACACACACAAACAAAUCCGACUAGUCUAUGCAACCACAAACUGAUAAGAUCCAGCUUGAAAAAAGACCUCAUUCAGAUGCCAUUAUAUUUUCAUUGAAGCGAGAAUUUGUAACAAAUUAAGCUCACCGACUUGCAGAGUUUUUCAUUCCCAAGUGCUGACUGUGUGUUGCUGAAUGAGGCAUUCACUGCUGUGAAGUGUAGCGUGUUUAUUUCUACAUAAAAAGACAAAACAUUCGUUAUUUAUUAAAUGGCAGAUACGAUCAACAGUUUGUGCAUGUGGUUCAGGCAUUUGAUCGGUCUUCGCACGCUCAUCAGGUUUUGGUUUUAUUCAAGCUACUGGUCGAGGUUUUAUAGCUUUGAAAGGCUUCAAACUGUGUAGGUGGCAAUUAUACUCUGGUCAGUGGGUAUGUUCUCUCUUGGAGUUCAGUCAGCUUGUUUUCUGAUGAUUUGGUGUCUGUAGUACAUGCAAUUUGGUGCUAUUUUUCUGUUUUGUAAUCGCAUAAAGUUUCCUGUAUUCACACCUGUAACUGUUGGGCUUUAAAUGCUUGCAGGUAUUAAAAUGACUUCUUAUUUGCAUUGGCUUGAUGUAUAAACUCACCAUUGGGCUCGUGCAUUCUUGCUGUGUCUGCCUGGGUAUGCCUUCACGUGUCAACAACCAACCGAGUAGAAACUAGGUCCUGAUUCAUAUCCUGACAGUCUGACAGGUUAUACAGACUUGCAGUCUUGUGACUGCAGGAAUUCUUUGAUGCGAUUGGAACACAGGCUUUUUUUUAUUGAUGUCUUCAUGUAACCUUUUGUUGUGCACGUAUCAGUUAUUUCCCCCAAUGCCCUACUCCCUGGCCUGCCCCCGGUCAAGAUAUGGAAAUCGCCACUUCUAAACUGACAGACUCUGGUAGAAAAAUGUAGUGAUAAUCUCAAACAUUCAUAGCCAGGACACACUGAUGAGCUUUCUAUAUGCUGUACCUCUGUAAAAUUGUGAGUGACUAGAAUCCCUACCUUGGGGCUUGGGAAGCAAGACCAAACCCUGACAAAAGACCUAGGGGCAGUGUUGGGGGAGGGUGUAAGGAAGGAAACAGUUGAUGAGUGCAUCACUGCAUUUCAAGAAGUUUGAAAAGCAGAAUUGAUCUUGCUGUUUAAGGUGCAGCUUACAAUGCUCAAAUGUCACCAAAGUUUAAAAUGUGUAAUAAUAACCUGUACCCAAAUGUCCCAUUUUGUACAACAUGAACAAUCCACAGCAUGUGCUUAACACAAGCAUUUUUUUUUCAACUAAGUAUUCUUGGAUCCAGUCCUGGACACAAUCAUGGCCUUUUUGGUCUGUAGGAAAAUACUGUACAUUGCAUUUAAACAUGCUUUAAAAUCUUGGUGGGAAGAAAAACAGAUCAUUCCCAGCUCUGCCAUGCUGGACAUGGGCAGCCUUCCCAUUGAUGCCAAUUGGAUGGUGGAACGGCCAUCGUGAAAAGACCAAUGGUAGACAGGCCCUCGUGUGACGACUGACAGACUUAGUCAUGGAUACUGCCAUCUUGAAUGUCAUUGUCAUUGCUAGAGCUGUCUUUCAGUGUUUCUAGUUCUGGCGGUGCAUGGUGAUUGCUGCUGCCUUUUUCAGCAGUGUGCAGCACACAGUGUUCGAUUUUAGGCUCUCAAAGUGUUCAGGUGACUACUGAAAUAAACCCAAGAUGGCGUUAACCAUGAAAUAGUUUUGAUGAGACUUGAAGCAGUGUAUUCACUUGCAUUUGUAAUCUGCUUGACUGGCAAGCAUGGAAUCCAACCUUGCCGGGUCCAGAAAGAGGAAUAAAUCACAGUCGCAUAAAAACAACAGUUCACACCACUGGAAUACGUUUCACUCGCAAAUAAUGAGAUAGCUGUUAUCUAAUAGCUGGGUUUAUCUUUGGCAGUUGGAUUGCCAGUAAGGCAGAUUCCAAAAUGCACUCUCCCUGAAAAUCUUUUUAAAAUCAAACAAGGCAAAUUCUCCUUUUUAUAUUUGUAAAUAAUCAAGUGUAGCAUAAGAAAGACGUAAUUUAUUGAUGGGUUUACUGUGUAUACCGUGCAGAGUGCAGACAGCAUGAUGAGUCAGGCAUGGUGUUGGCCUCAAAAUAAAAGAUAAGUGCGUGAUAAUUAAACGGAGUAAUUAUAGUUAACCCCCCAAACAUUUGUUUACAGGCCUAGUUGUUUAAAUGGGUUUGUAUUUUUCACCUUGCAACCACUUGCUACGGAGAAACGACGAAAGGGGCGAUUUUUGUUUAUUAUGCUUCGCGUCCAUGCCCGUUCGUAUCAUGUUCGUAUCGAAGAAUCUGGUGAGCCGGUAGAAGAAUCGCAAAACGGGCUGCCUUGCCCAAAUGCCGAUCUCCGAUACAGCGCAACAUUCUCCUCGUUCCUUCCGCACGGUACUGCAAGUUUCUAGAGAGCCCCGCGGACACAACACAUAGCUGACUCGGUCGGACCGCGCCUUGGGUCGUCCCUCAGCAAAAGCCGAGGCCGGUAUUUUCCCCGGGCAACAAUGGGAUUUCCCACACUGACAUGUACAACUCCGAUAUCUGUGAUCGACCGGUCGCGGUCACCGUACCGACCGGUCGGUGACUGCGAGUCGAGUCUAGCUUGGGGCAGCAGAGUUUCAACAUGGCGGCGCUCAUGCGUCCAAAGUUUUGGUCGUUUCCGUGGUUCAACGCGGCACAGAGCAGAGGCCGGCUAGUGCUGUCUAACAGGUGUAUCAGCCAUAGCGCGGUCAUCCAGUUACGCCAGGACAACUCUCGCUUCCCCACCGGCGAGUCCAGCCGUUUUAGGAAGCACAUCGGGAGCUGCGAAGAGGUUUGGCAGUGAUGCAUGGGGAAAGUCAAGGAAACAUCAAAGAGUGGCACGUUACAGACUCAACUUCAUUAUGGCCAGGCUAGUGGACGAUACCUCCGUAUAUGUGGCCCUACUCCUAAACUAGAAACAAGUGGAGGAAGGUUUAAACAUUGGGAAAAAGCUCCCUGGCCGUGAAGGGUAUCAGCUACAUACAGCUUGCUAUUUUUGCAGGUCUGCCUUGUAAUCAAAUGCACCCUAUACACCUGCACUGCAUUGGCACACUUUGAUGUUAGACCCAACACCUGCAUACACACCUGGCAGCUGGCAAUCAGAUCAAGCCCCUUAUUGUCAUAGUGUCUGCUCUUGGAACAUUGAUGAAGGUCCAAGCAAGAUGGUCAGAUUGUGGAAUCAAAGAGGGCCAGCAGUCUACAGCCUGUAAAAGAGGAGUUUAAAACUGGUGAAAACUGCAUGUAUCACUUUGCAAAUACUGACCUUGACCCUAACCCUGCCAGAUGCAGCAUACUCCAGCAGAUGUAAAAGUCUAAUGCAUUAUAGCUGCGUUCACAUUGGACUUUUUCUUCUGCGGGUGUGCGGAAGCUUACCGUGACAUUCCUUCAUGUCAAUCUACUGUGCAUUCCCACGUGGACUUUGUUUAACCGUUACCGCGGAAUGUUUAUUCGCUGUGUUAGGCCUAAUAAGACCAGCUGUUAGGCCUAAUAAGCCUGCACUGUACAAAUCCUGAUGAAAUCGGCAAACUCUGACAAAAACAAAGAUAAAAUCAGACAAAUUCGGCCAAAUCUGCCACAACGAUGACAAACUCGUAC